GGCCGUACAAUGACCAAAGUCGCGGCCUUCCAUCCGCAGCAGCAAAACCCCGCCAUCUCCAGAACCACCCCCUCCCGCCGGUCCAGAGUCUCCCGCUCCGUUCCCUCUUCAAGGAGAAUGCCGGGACCAUCGCCCGCAGCGCCAUCGGCGCCCUCCUCUUCAUCCCCUUCUGGCUGGGCUUCAUCCUGUGCCUGCUGGUGGGACACACCGUCGGCUGUGUUAUGGCCUUCUUCGCCGCCAAGAUCCCGCAGCCGGAGACCAGCGACCUCCUAUCCGCGCUGGAUGCCCUGUGGAUCGGGCAACCGGUUAAAAAGGACACCAAGAUCCCGCCGCCCGUCGCCCAUAUCCUCAUGAAACUGGGCGACGGGAUCGUCAUGAAGGAUUUCGUGGAUAUCCUAACGAACCGCCUGCUGAAUGUGAAGAACCCGCGCGGGUUCCCGCCGUUUUUAUAUAUGCGGUUCCGGCAGAGAUUGUACUCGGUCCCCAAUACAUCCCGGCAUCUCUUCGCCUUCUCCCCGCGCUUCGACAUCGCCAACCACCUCCACCAGAUCCCGUCGGAGAUCGACACCACCGAGAAACUGAUGGAGUUCGUCAGUAAUAUGACCGCCGCGCCGUUCGAAGCGGAUAAACCGCUGUGGGAGAUGCACGUGCGGACGGAUUUCGGUCCGGAGCAAUCCGGGAUCCUGUUUUUCCGCUACCACCAAGCGAUUACGGACGGGCAGUCAAUGGUGCAGAUUUUAUGCCGGGAUCUGUUGGACGCCGGGGACCAGGCGUACCAGCACAUUAAACCGCGGUUCGGUGGGAUGACGUACGCGUCGCAUUUCUGCCAAGCGGUCUUCAUGGCGGGGUACAUGUUCUUCACGGAUCUGGUGUCGAAAUCCACGCCGGAUUUAAACUGUAUUAAAUACCCGGAGAUGCAUUUGAGCGGCCGCUAUGAAGUGUUCUGGUCGGAGCCAGUUAAUCUCUCUGUGAUGCACCGCUUGAAAGCCAUCACCCGGACCCGGUUUAAUGACCUUUUAUUCACGGCGUUGGCGGCCACACUGCGGACGUACUGUAAGCUGCACGGUAUCAGCACCCCGGCGGAUAUUACGGCGUGUUUCCCGGUGGACCUCCGCAGCACCAAGGGCGAGACACUGAACGACGUAUCCCUCGGGAACCGCUUUGUCCUGGAGAAGAUCCGGCUCCCCGUCAGCCAGGAAGCCGGGAUGCCGCGGUUGUGGCGGGUCCGGGACCAGAUGCAGGCACUGCGCUCGUCGUACCGCCACGUCGCUUUGGACUUCCUGUUUAAAAUUCUGAAGAAGGCGCUUUCCCACCGGACGCUCCAGGCCAUGUGGCACCGGCAGUACAGCGGGUGUACGCUCCUAGUCAACACUCUGGCCGCCCCCGAGGGGCAGUUGACCCUCCAGCGGUACACCCUGGAGGACCUCCUGAUGUGGAUCCCCCCGCCGCACGGGAUGCGCAUCCCGUUGGCCAUCAACGUCAUCACCUGCAUCGAUCAGGUGCAGUUGGUCGUCGUGGCGGAUACGGGUGCGCUGAAGGACGCCUACUGGAUAGCCAUGGAUUUCCCGUUCGAGGUCAUGGCGCUGGGGAAUCUGCUCAAGACCCGCCGGGUUCCGGAAACCAGUAAAGGGCCCGUGGAUGAGACGGACGAGAGCAGUGAGCACGCUGUCCAACAGUCGCUGCACGCCCUGGAGGAACGCCUGGUUAAGAUUUACGGGCAGCUGCGCCAGAUGCGGAAGAAGCGGGAGAUCGGGGAGGUCCCGGCGCUGUGGAAAACCUUCGAGCUGACCGUUUCCGGGUCGUCAAGUCGUCUGGGGGAUGAUGAUGACGAUGCGAGCGAUUCCGGGAGUGAGAGUGAUGAUGAGUCAUCCAGUGGGAGUUACUCGUCCGGGGAUUAUUCAUCCGCCGGGAGGACCACCGAGAAGAAGCCCAAGAAGAAGAAAGAACCUCCAGCCGCACCAUCGCCGGCGGCGGAGGACCCCGAACCUCCGCGGGGGCCCCGGCGACCGGUGGAGCGGAGGAUGUCUAACAAACCGAUGAUCUUCAGUGGGCAGCGGUUGUCCCAACCGAACACGGAGCUGGGUGAGGAGCCGGUGGAUGGGCAGCAGCAGCGCCGCCGCAGUGUGGGACCGUUGCUAAACGCACCGCCCCCACGACCGGGCGCCGGGGGCGCGGUAACGGCGCCUGGGCAGAUCCGGCAGUCGUCGUUGCCGCGGGCGGGAGGGGCCGGGAUGGGAGGAGGGCCCCGGCGGAUGUCGGCCGGGAAGGUGGGAGUGAUGGGUCCGGGUCAGCCGAGGAGGCAGUAAUAAUCCAUUUUUUUGCGUUUAUUGUGUCUCAUUUGUCGAGGUUGUGCACGAUAUAUUAUAGGAUUAUUUCAUUAUUCAAAUAAAUAAUAAUAAGUCAGUAAAAAACUGAACGUUCUGUAUAUUUAUUUUCCGUAAUAAACUGCCAGUUGUGGUGUCCU